AUGAUUGAAAAUAUUAAGUGGUUAGUUGCUGAUGCAAAAGAACGCCAUACUAAGGUAGAUAUGACACAUGAGGUUGCAAAAGUUGAUCAAAACUAUUCUAGCCUUCAUACUCAAGUAGAUAUAGUUUUUGAUGCUGUAACGAAGCUUGUUGAGUAUCAUACUUCUCUUCAUUCUAAGGAGUUUGUACAUUUACAAGGCUUAUUGGCAGAAGUGAAGGAGAUGGUUUCGAAACUUGUUAAUCCUUCUUCUUCAACUGGUUCUCAAGAGUCUAUCUCACAAAUGCUCCUUUCAUUGGAAACUUGUUUGAAGACAAAAGUUGAUCUUUCUGAACUCAUCCACGCACCCUUCCACAAUCCAAACAAUGAUACCAUAGCCUGGUCUCUUAAGAACUUUCUUGAGACUAAAGUGAAAAAUAACUUUAAAGGUUUAAAGACUGCUUCAUCGUUUACUAAGAAGGCCAAGGGUGUCAUUGAUCCUCGCACAAACAAAACCAUGGUGAAUGUCAUGUGGCAAUCCACAAAGCAAGCUAAAAGGAUUCCUCUUCCCAAACGCUUACCUGAAGGUACUUUGGAUUCAAUGCAAUUAUGGGUUUAUGAUGAGGCUACUGCAACUGUAGUAAUCAAGCUAAAGAAAAACCAAUUUCGUAUUGUUGAUCCUAAAGAUCUGUUGAAGUUUGGAGAACGUGAUAUCCACACUUUGUCAAAUUUUCAAAUAAUUGUUGAAAAUGAAUUGUUUGAAGCUGCCGCGAAAGCUUUCACCGGUAUGGUAGCUACAACAACUGACAAGAAGUUGUGGGCAGGGACAUUUGAUCAAGGUGACGUGCAUCUCGUGGAGAAACCUUAA